AUGCCUUUCUGCAAUAGCUGUCAGAACAUCACAUUUAACCCGGAGAACGACGAUUCGCUGGAUUAUUUUGAAGCAGUCAUACAUCCUGAUUUUGCUUCAUUAAAGCGCUCCGCUAAGUCUCGCAAAUGCACCCUAUGCGCUGCCGUGUACGGCAUGAUCCGGCAUCAGGACUUGUGGUUCCCUUCCCCUGAAAGAGACGAAGAAAAGAAGACCAACCGCCUGGAUAUCGCCCUGAGCAUUCAAUAUAAAGUAGAAAGCUCGGAUGGCGACGAGUGGGAAUUUGUCGAGAAGACUGGGAAGAAUGAUGGCGAUGCACCAACUAUCCUUACGGUUCGGAAUGGGCGCCCUCCUUCUUGCUCUUUUCGAAUAUGUAAUAGGGAAGUAAUAUCGAGGUCGUCUUGGCGAGAUGAACAGGAAGAAACUGCAGUGUCGGCAGUUGUACUUGAGGGCAUCAACGGGGCGAUUGGGGGUGUUUCCUCUGAUACUUCGACAGGAAGCGACGCCAGCAUGGAACUAAUGAGAUUGUGGAUCGAGAAGUGCAAAAGGGAUCACAAAACCUGUGGCAAGAAGCCCUCCGAAUCAGUCCCGACACGCCUCCUUGAUGUUUCAUUCGCAGAGGGUGAAUCUGGGGUUCUCUUUCUAGUGCCAUCAGCCCAACUCAAUCGACCACCUUAUGCAACUCUCAGCCAUCGUUGGAAGAAGGGUUCCUAUGUUACAACCUCAUCAACCGAACAGGAACACAUCCAAGAAGGGAUUCCGGCGAAGUUACUCCCAAGAACGUUUCGGGAAGCCUCCAUCACGGCCAAGAAGCUAGGCCUGAAAUAUCUCUGGAUUGACUCCCUCUGUAUUCUCCAAGAUUCACGCCAGGACAAGGUCCAGGAGAUGCCAAAGAUGGCCGACUAUUACCAGAAUGCAGAGCUGAACAUCUGCGCAGCAACAGGAGACAGCGAAGGUCUCUGGCAGGAGCGCGAUGGUAAGGCGACUCGGCCUUUCGAUAUCCCGAUUACUAUCAGGACGCCUGGUCUUCGUAGAAAGACGCGAAAAGUACUCAUGACGGUAGCUCCAAUAUUAAAAGGAGUACCGUCGCACCUCGACAGUCGCGGUUGGAUCCUACAAGAGAGGAUCUUCUCGCGAAGGACGUUAUUCUUUGACCCGUACUGGGUUUACUUCGAAUGUGCUGAGAUGAGUGCAUCCGAGAGCUGCCCGGAGGGUGUUCGAAGAGACCAGAACACAGACUUCGGCGAGCUAGAGGAUGAUAUUGGAACCACAGUCUCUAGAGACCCUGUUUUGAGUGAUAUAGGUGGAAUGAUACGAGACCUAAGUAGUCAAGUCGAUAGCGGAAUGGAAUUAGGCGAUGCAGAGCGAAACGCCGCCUUCGGGUUGUGGUUUAAUGCUGUAGAAAACUACUCUAAGAGACAGCUAUCGUUCGAGACCGAUAGGCUCAAUGCCAUAUCCGCCUUAGCAGAGAGAUUUUCACGUAUACUCAAGGACAAGUACAUUGGCGGGAUAUGGGAACGCAACUGCCUCGUGUGUCUUCAGUGGUGCCACGGAGUGGAAGACAUGGAUCAGUUAACUGACACGCGCGUAUUCGAGGGUGGCGUAUUCGAGGGUGCUCCAACAUGGUCCUGGGCUAGCGUACGGGUAGGCGACAAGCCUGGUCUGGGUGAUAGUACCACGGUUGAGGUCUUUUCUGAGACAAAUUGUGUACCGCUGGUGCAGAUACUCGGUAUUAAGUGUGAAAUAGAGUCUAAUACAUUCAGCGAUAUUUCCCAAGCCAAACUCACCCUCCUAGGCCACCCAUUAUGUGGCUGGGCCUAUUCUCGAGAAAACGGACCGGACGCAUCGAUGGAUAUGGUCACUAUGGCAGAGGAGUUGGAAGCGCUUCCACACACAAAUCUCCCCCCUGGUAGGUAUGGCUCCGAAGGUAUAAAGAAAUUCGAUCAAAAAUUGUCCCGAAGGUGGUGGCUGCAUAUUGGUGGCGAGAUGUUGGGACAACGGUCGCAAAGAGUUCUGGACGUAUUCCCAGACACAGGUGACGCCAUAGUCGAAGGAGUCUUUUAUCUGCUUCCUCUUGCCGAUUACCCCAAUGACGAUAAUACUAUUGCCAAGUCCAGACAAUAUGGACGGGCUUUUGGCUUGAUCCUAAAAGAGCUUGAUAAUGGGAUGUUUCGGCGAGUAGGCUAUACUCGUGUCUUCAUGACAGACCUCAUGACAGCAAAGACACGUUCUAUGGUCCUGGUAUAG